UUUUGUUGUUCGUUAAUAACUUGGAAGCCGCACAUCAGCGUUCCAUUGAUCGGAGACAUGUAUAUUUCAUUGUAGCAAGGCUGUAGCUAAGCAAGCGUAUUGUAGCUCUGCCUUAAUUUAUGUUCCAUUUUUAUAAUUUUUAUAAAGGCCGUGGGAAUCAUAUUUAAGUUAAGAUCACUUUUUCUGUAUAUUUAGGUUUAUUGUACAAAAUAUUUCUGUUUAUUUGUAUAAUAUAAUAAUGAGAUCUUUGAAAGGUUUGCCUUUUGUGGAAAUAUAACUCUAAAUUAAAAAUAAACUCUAUCUUAUGUAAUUGAAGUUGUGCGCUGGAAGAUGGAAUCGAAAGCAUCGGAUAAGUUCUUGGCAAACGGCCCAACUUCUACUCAAAAUGAGGCUACUACUUCUACUACGCGUGAUGUGACAGAUAUUAUUGGGAAAUAUGGGCCUUGGCAAAGAUUGAUUUUUAUUUUAACCUGUCUCCGAGGUACACCUACUGCCUUUUACAAUCUAAGCACUCCAUUUUUUUCACCCAAACAAGAUGUGUGGUGUGCCCAGCCAAAGGGCCUUAACUGGACUGAAAGCCAGUGGCGCAAUUCUGCAAUUCCUUUAGAAUACAGUGAUGGUUUGUACACGCCGAGUCGUUGCAGUAUGUUUGAAACCGUAGUUAUUGACGGCGAUGCUAUCAUCAAUAGAAAUAAGACUGUUCCUUGUAGUGCCUGGGAAUUUGAUUCUUCAUUUUAUACAAAUACUCUUACACAAGAAUAUAACUUGGUGUGUGGAAGAGACUGGCUUAUUUCCUUUACGCAGUUCAACUACAUGGCUGGAAUGAUGUGUGGAGUGUUUAUCUUUGGCCAUCUAGCUGACAGAUAUGGUAGACAAAUAAUUUUGAAUCUUUCUGUAACUCUGAUGCUAGUGGCUAGUAUAAUCACUGCCUUUGCUCCCACAUACACUUUCUUUAGUAUUGCCAGGUUUUUCCUUGCUCUUGGUGUUGCUGGUACUCAAAAUACAUCAUUUUGUUUGUUAAUGGAAGUUCUGGGGCCAGUGUAUAGAACUAGAGUGACUUUUGCUUUUUCAUUUGGCUGGGCCUUUGGUUUACUUUUACUGCCGGGGAUGGCCUACUUGAUUAGGGAUUGGGUCUAUCAGCAGUUAGCUAGUGCUGCUGUGUCUUCCAUUUUACUUAGUUAUUGGUGUUUUAUGCCUGAAUCUCCUCGAUGGUUGAUGACACAAGGAAAAUAUGAACGUGCUGAAAAAAUCAUGAUCACAGCAGCUAAAACAAAUAAAUUAGAAGUACACAAUAUGCCUGGUGCUAUGAAGCAGCUUAAAGAGCGUAUUGAAAGGGAGGAAAGGAAAAAGAACCCUAGUGUGAUCGAUCUUUUCAAAACAUCAAAUUUACGGAAGAAUACAAUUUUUGUAUAUAUAUCAUACUUUUCUGUUGCCUUUGUCUUCUAUGGACUUUCCUUAGGACAAACCAAUUUAGGUGGAAAUCCUUUUUUGAAUUUUUUCAUUGGGUCAGCUGUAGAAUUACCUGCCUAUUUCCUUUGUAUGAUUUUUAUCAGAUACUUGCGAAGGAAACCAUCAUUUUUAAUUUUUGAUGUCAUUGGGGGCAUUGCAUGUUUUUUUAUGGUGCCAUCUGAUUACUUGUGGCUUCGACUUACUGCUGCUAUGAUUGGGAAGUUGUGUAUAAGUGGUGCAUUUAUUAUUUUAGCCAUUCACGCUGCUGAAAUAUUCCCCACAGUAGUUCGCACAGUAGGUUCUGGAACAAGCCUCAUGAUGGGAAGAAUAGGAGCUAUGACAGCUCCUUUCAUUAAAGAACUGGGAAAUGCUACACAUCCUGCAGUGCCUGCCAUAGUAUAUGGCUCUCUCUCAAUUGUAGCUGCUCUUCUGAUUGCACUUUUGCCCGAGACUUAUAACCAGUAUUUGCCGGAUACCAUAUGCGAAGCGGAGCAGUUGGGGAAUGGUUUUAUAGAAAGUGCUCCUGAAGUUAUAGAAGAUGGUGAAGAGUUGUCCAAAGAUGGAAAUGAUGUAAAGAUGAGUAUGUUAAAAAGUAAUGAAGAUGUAUAGCAUGAUUUCAUAUAUCAUUUGUUGCCUUCAAAAGAAUCUAUGUUUGUUAUUUCAUAUAAUGUUAUAUUGUUUGCAUUUAUUAACUGAAAUAUUUGUUUUCAUUUUGUUUUACAAAAAAAGUUUGCUUUUUUGUUAUAUUUUAUACAUGGACUUUAAAUAUUGUUAAAUUAUAUUGCUGAAUGUUUUUAAUAUUUUCUGAUUGAUUUUACAUUAUGCCAAAUGAGUAUUAUUACAGUAAUCUGCACAAGACAACUUUCUGAUCAAUAUUGUUGAUUUCUGAAGUCAUAAAUCACUUUUAAUUAUCAUAUUGAUUAUUUUUUAUUUCAUUAUAAGACAGGAGACGUUUUUAGACUAUUUAUUACUUUCUGCAGCUUGGAAUAUUUAUAAAAGUUUCAUUAGUUAUUCAUUAAAUUUUAAUGUAUGAUAAUUUAAAUCAAAAAUAGUUGUUUCCAAAAUUGAGUUUUAUUUUUUUAAAUUAGUAUAUAACCUUUGUGUUAUUCUAUAACACAUAUUAUUGGUUAAAAUAACAUAUGUUAUGUAAAUUAAAAUAUAUGGUUACAUAAAAUGUGGUAAAAAAUAAACUAAUGUUAGAUGAAAUAUAGACAAAAUAUUACAUUGUUAACAUUCACUGUGAAAUAUAAAGAAUACAUGCCUUUCAAAAGCAGCUAGUUUUUGGAUAAAUUAAUAUUCCUGGCAUCUGGAAAUAUGUGGUAUAUACUUUCACAUUAUUUAAGGCAGUGGUCUCAAACUCGGAUUGUAUGUAGGUUGAGUGCAUGAUCUAAAAAAGAAUUGACAGGCCAAAUUUUCUUUUAAUUGACAAAAUGAAAAAUAUUUUAAUAAAUUUUAGAUUUCGCAUAUUAAAUAGUUGUCAAAAUAAGUUUUCAGGUAAAAUUUACUGACUGGGGCAAAACUUGAGAGUAAAUAAUGACAACCUGAAUUCUUUCUAUUAUAAUAUUAAAUUUUUCUUUGACAUGAUUAAAAAUAGAUGUGUUUGUACGUAGAUAAUUAUAAACUUCUUUAUUUCUAACUACACUUCAACACUUCAUGGCAUUUCAAUUCUGAUAAAGUCUGUAGCCUUAAAUGGAAAUUAUCUUCGUGGAUUGUAGAUACUCAUUGGUUAAUUGAGUUCUAUUCUUAUUAAUUCUCAAACGGGAAAAAAAAGUUGUUCAUAUAUAAAUGUAUUCCGAAACAAAGCAAUUAUUCUUAGUGCAAAAAUUCAUUACUGAGCUUAUUUAUUUUUUUGAGCAACUAUGAAUAAAUGUUAAUAAAAUCAAUUUCUUUAAAUCUUUGAAUAUUAUAUAACAUUGUAAAUUAAUUAGCUCUAUUUAUAGGUUUUUUAGUGUGUUGAUCAUGUUCAUCUUUAAUGAUAAUGAAAAUAAUGUGAACUCGGGCCUUAAUUAACUAAAAUCUUGAAAUCUUUGCAACAAAUUCAUAAUUGAAAGGUAUUUGUAGGCCACAUAAAAUUGCUUCAGAGCCAUAUGGGCCAUCAGUUUGAGACCAGAGAUUUAAGGACUGAUACUGAAUAUUUAGAAUUCCUUUUAUUUUCCACCAUCUUAAAAUACAUUUGACAAUAAAGCAGAAUAUUUACAUGUAUUUCAUUAUGUCUUAGAAAAUAGUACAUAUAAUUAUUGUAACCUUUGUGAUAUUUUAUUUUUACAUAGUUAUUGUACUUAUUGUGCAGUAUUGUUUUUAUGAAACAAAUAUGCUUUUUCUAUUCCAUGAAGUUUUCAUUGGUGUGAUUAGUUAGUAAAGAUGAUUUUGUUUGCUUAAGAGUAUGCAGCUUUAAUUGUGUGCGGUGCAUAAAUUUUCCUCUCUAAAAAUGUUUAUCUGGGAAAUUAUCUGAUACUGCUCAUUUAAAAAUAAUAAAGGGUUGCAGUUUUAAAUUGUUUGUUUUUAAAAGUAUUUUUUUUUUUUAAUUUUAUAGAAAUCUGCAAAUUAAUAUUUUUUACUUAACAAAAUUUCAUUUCAUUUUAAGUUCAUCUGUUGUAUUACACAUUUAAGUUUCAGUUUUGGCUUUCAUUUUAGUUAAAAAUAAAGCUAAUGAGAUAAUUUUAUAUGUCAGAAUGUAAAAGGAAAUGGAAAUUCUUUUCAAUGAUCUAUGCAUAUCUGAUUGCAGCUUUUUAAUAGCUUAUGCUGUAAAUGACAUGUAUGAAGAAUAUGCACUGAAAAGUAUUUUUGUUGUUUAUUCUUUUAUUGAUGAAUGUGAAUACUGUAAUUUAAGAGGUGUUGAAAUAUCACAGAAUCCUUCUCAUGGUUGUUUGUUUUAUAAAAGCAUAUAGUAUUUUGUUACAAAUAUCUUAAAGUAGUUUAGAAAUGUUAGUUCAUGUCUUUCUUGUACUGAAUGUAUUCCAAAUACAUUAUUUCAUAAUAUGUAACUGUGAUAAAUGUGGCAGAAUAAAUAGCCAGUAUUUUUUUUUUUUUUUUAAUCAUUAAACCUUUUUAGCACCUAUUAAUGUGGGAUCAUGUUUUUCUUAUUGCAAUGAGAGAGAUUAAAAAGUUGUUUUCAAUUUAAAGUAUUUUAAUUAUAUUGUUUUUAAUUUUUUUUAGAGUUAAAAUAGUAAAACCUAUAUUUAACUCUGUUAGAUGAUAGAUCAUUUUCACUAAGGGAUUAUUUUUACAGUAUGUUCAAAAUGGCAUCAGAUUAAGUGGUUUGAUUAUUUUUAACUGCCUUAUACUAAAAUUAUGAGUUUUCGAUAAAAAGUUACAUAAAUUAAGUACACACUAAUUUACAUUGCUUAAAAUGGUAUGCUUUUGUGGUUUUUAUGGGUAAAUUUGUGCCCCCCUUUCUUCCCUUUCUCAUCUAAUGAAUAAGAGUAUAGAAAAAUUAUGAAAAUUGUUUUCUUUCUCAUUUGUAUUCAGAACUCUGGGUUGUGUAAGGUGUUAAUUAUAAAAGAAAAGGUAAAGUAAAAAAAAAAAAAAAAAAAAAAAA